AUGACGCCUCAACCUUCCCCGUCUGCUCUGUCCAGUGGCAUUGGGAACUUGGAGAAUGAGUUGAAUGCCCUCUUGGAUGGCGAUGGUGGAGGUGCUUCACGGGCUGCUGCAGUUGCUUCUGCUUCUCAUGGAGAGGGCAGAUUGGAGGAUUGCUACAACAGCACUACCCGCAAGAAGCAGUGGUUGAGGUUGGAUCGUAUGUGCAAAGGGCCUGCUGCCCAAAGUUUUCAAGGUUUGGCAAAGCUUUUCCAGGGCAACAAGCUUGACAAAGCAAAAGCCCUCCAAGCAUACCUGGCAGCAGAUGAACAGAUGGCGGAGGCAGAAGCCCACUUCCAAGUCAGCAAGAAGCAUGCUGAACGCCAACGCCGUGGCCGCAAGCUGAUGACUUUGAAAGAGAUGGCUGAUGCUAAUUUUUCAGAGGCCAAAAUUCGUGGAUGUGCGGCCCGGGGGGCAGUCCCUGACCCAGAUUGCCCCACGGAUGAAGCUUCGUACAAAUACUGGGCCUUCGUUGGUGCUACUGCUGAAGAGGAAGAUGAAGAAGUUCAUGAGACCCACUUGCGUGGCAGUGUCCAGCCCAAUGAUGUGGUCCAAGCUAUGGCUGUCAACAGCAAUGUCAUGGCUACUGUGCGGCAUGCUGACCCAACAGCUUUGGCCCGCCAAGCAAUGGCCAGUGUUGCUGCUGCGCCGGCUGCAGUGGCAGAAACCAGAUGCAAGCGUGCUGAAUUUUCCGCAGUCCUCAAAGAGAUUCGCAAGUCACGCUUGCGAGUGAAGACGAGGAUGUUCAAUGCAUCCAAGACAAUAGUCAUGUGGAGCCGUCAGAACUUAGACAAAUCUUGCAAUAGAUUGCCGAGAAAUUGGAUGCUCACCAAGGGCAAGUUGUGCUUGAGCGGAGGCAAAUAUGUGCAUUUGUUGGGGAAGGGGUGGCACUGUGAUGUCUUGCUUCGCUUCUUAGCUGAUCAGCUGAGCCAAGACCACAUCGACUUUGACCCGCUUGUCAAGACAGUGGUUUGGGCAGCUCAAAACCUCUUGGGAUUGCUCUAUGAGUCCCGUCAUGAAAACGGCAUGUGGCUUUUGCCACAUGAAGUCAAACAGCUUCAAGUAGUGGGUGAUGUUUUCUUUGAUACCUACUUGCGGUGCCAUUUGAAGUAUUCCAACUUUUGCGUCUUCAAGCUCUUCAACAUCCGGCCAAAGUUCCAUGAGUUUGAGCACAUUGUGCUCAGCACAUUGCGUCAGAAGAACCCCCUCAUGGGGGCUACGUGGUUGGAUGAGACUUGGUUGAAAGAGGUGCUGCAAAUAGCCAGGAAGACUCAUCGGUUGAAGACCCAUGAGAGCACCAUCACACGGUAUUGUGCAGGCUGGAUGGUGCUUGCGCGCAUUUGUUUUUGUGUUCAUGUGUUUGGUGUUCAGGCUUGA